GGAUAGAGGAUAGAGUAAACCCAGCGCCAUUUGUUGUCAUUCGAAAGUAUGGGCAGUAUGGGUUUGAAAAGUCAGGUUUGUUUGUGUUUUUUGCUGCUUUUAACCACUGUUCAAGGCUACAAGCCGGUAAUUGUACUUCAUGGGAUAUUGGACAAGGCCAGUGAUAUGAAAGAUCUUGCUGGAUUUAUCCGAUCCGCUCACCCUGGGACGAACAUCACCAUUGUUGAUAUGUUCUCUGAAUUGAAGAGCUUUGAACCUCUUUGGAGACAAGUACGCGGUAUAUCUCCAAAACUGCGACCAAUCAUGGAACAAGCGAAAGACGGUGUUCAUAUGAUAGGUUUUUCGCAAGGAGGUAUAACAUUGCGCGGGAUCAUAGAGACUAUGCCAGAUCACAAUGUGGACACAUUCAUUGCACUGUCCUCUCCCCUGAUGGGCCAGUAUGGAGACACAAGCUAUCUGAAUCCAUUUAUCCCUUACAAACUUAGAAAGGAUGCAUAUGAAUUCUUUUACAGCAGGAUAGCGCAGGAUACACUAGCGAUUGCAAAUUAUUGGAAUGAUCCUUAUCAUCAGAAGUUGAAUAUGGAGUAUAACAUCUUUUUACCAUUUAUAAACAACAAUCAGUCAUCAGCAUGGAUCAAUGAAACUGCAUACAAGCAGCAGAAAGCAAACUUUUUAAAACUGAAGAAUCUUGUUCUUAUUGGUGGACCAGAUGAUGGAGUAAUAACACCAUGGCAAUCAAGUCACUUUGGAUUUUAUGACCAAGACUUGAAUGUCCUGGAUAUGACUCAGCAAAUGGUUUACCUAGAUGACACAUUUGGUCUGCAAACGCUGGACAAGCGAAAGGCUGUUCACAUGUACACUUUUCCAGGUAUUGAGCACGUCAAAUGGCAUGGCAGCGAGCAAGUAUUCGACAAAGCUAUUAAACCAUGGCUGACUUAGACCAAUUAUUGGGCUAGUCUAGAUGGGGGUAUCUAACCAAGAAUUUUUAAUAUUUGUUUAUAAUCUAUGCAACUUACUAUGAUUUUUUUAAAAAUAAAAAAUAAUAUAUUCAAAAUGUUGUAUAAGACUUUUUCAGUUUUUAUAUAAAAAUAGCAGAACCAAAUACAGCAAAGUAAACAACCAUAAUUUUUUGUAUGUUCUUGUAAAAAUGACUCGAAAUAAUGAAUGGAAAUACUGUAUAUUACCAACUUCUGUAAAAAAAAUUGUAUCCCAUGGAUAUGCAAAGAAUAAACAUUUUAACUUUGUUAA